GCCUGGCAGAGGUGCCUUGCUGUCUCCGGGCUGCCGGGCCGGGCCAGGCAUGGCGGCGGCGGCGGCGGUUCGCCCGCGGCCGCUGGUGGUGAUCCUGGGUGCGACGGGCACCGGCAAGUCCCGGCUGGCGCUGCAGCUCGGCCUCCGCUUCGGCGGGGAGAUCGUCAGCGCCGACUCCAUGCAGGUGUACAAGGGUCUGGACAUCAUCACCAACAAAGCUUCCCCUCAGGAACAGGGACUGUGCAAGCACCACAUGAUCAGCUUUGUGGACCCCUUGGUCACCAACUACACCGUGGUGGACUUCCGGAACAAGGCCACCGCCCUCAUUGAAGACAUCGUUGCCUGCAAGAAGCUCCCGAUCGUGGUAGGGGGGACGAACUAUUACAUCGAGUCUCUGCUCUGGAAUGUUCUGAUUGACACGGAGCGUGUGUGUCUCUUGCAGGAGAAAGCCAGGAGCCCAAGCGCAGAAGAGGGGGCCGUGGAUCGGAAAGCUGAGCUGGAGAAACUGGCCAGCCAAGAGCUUCAUCACCGACUGAGCCAGGUGGACCCCAAAAUGGCAGCCAAACUACACCCCCAUGAUAAGCGCAAAGUGGCCAGGAGUCUGCAGGUGUUUGAAGAGACUGGCAUUCCCCACAGCACACUUCUGCAACAGCAGCAGCAGGAGGAAGGGGGAGGGCCGUUGGGGGGAGGCCUGAAGUAUCCUGACCCUUGCAUCUUCUGGCUCCAUGCAGAACAGGCAGUCCUGGAAGAACGGCUGGAUGAGCGCGUGGACGCGAUGCUGGAGGCCGGGCUGUUGGCGGAGCUGCGGAGUUUUCACCGGCGCUAUAACCAGCAGAGGGUGGAUGAGAACAGCCAGGAUUACCAGCAUGGCAUUUUCCAGUCUAUUGGCUUCAAGGAAUUCCACCAAUUCCUGAUCACGGAGGGGAAGUGCUCGGAAGAGAUCAGCCACCAGCUCCUGGACAAAGGAAUUCAGGCCCUGAAGUUAGUGACCAAGAGGUACGCCCGGAAGCAGAACAAGUGGGUGCGGAACCGCUUCCUGAGGCGCCCCGGACCAAACGUGCCCCCCGUGUAUGGCUUGGAAGUCUCGGAUCUCUCUCGGUGGGAAGAGGAAGUACUGGAGCCGGCGAUCCAGAUUGUAGAGAGCUUCUCCCAGGGACGGCGGCCACCAGCAGAGCCUUUUGUGAUGAUGCACGAGCCAAAUGAGGACACGCGGAGUUGCCACAUUUGUGAGCCGUGCAGCCGCCGCAUCAUUGGGGACAGAGAGUGGAAAGCUCACCUGAAAUCCAAGUCCCACCUUUUCCACCUGAAGAAGCUGCGGCGCCUGGCCUUGGCAUCUCAGUCCAUGAAGUGCCACAGCAGCAGCACACCGGCUGGCAACGAAACACCUAGGGAAGAAGGGGGCUUGAAAGACCAUCAGAUGUAGGCCCAGCCGUGACUUUGGGAGCCAAUCGUCGGUGGGCACUCGGGGGUCAGAGUGGGGCAGGAUCCCACCCUCUUUGUGCAGAAUGACAGAGACCAGGAAGGGGAUUGCUCCCCCCUACUUCAGUAUCUCCGGCCUGAAAAAUGCAGGGCCUUCCUUCUCCCGGAGUUAAUCGCUCCAUUUGGCACAAAGAGUGACACUGAUCCAGGCAUGAAUGAUGCCAGGUUCUUCUUCUUUUUCUUCUUCUUCUUCUUCUUUUUUUUUUUUUAAGAUGAAGGCUAUAUUUUUGUAUUCCGGUACAGCUGACCUGGUGCCUUUUUAUUAUUAGAUCAGUGAGCCUGCAAUGGCAGGAAAUCAAACCCCCCUCCCCUCCUGAGACCCAUAGGAAGAGAAUGUUUGAGGAAGUGGGCGGCCACGCUGCACUAAAAGUCCACCCCUUCCUGUCGUCUUCCAUCUGUUUUUAACAGAAACGUCACCAGAAGGCAACAUUUCCCUGUAACCCCCAACGGCUCGGAGGCACCCAACGAGGUGGAUCAGGGAUGCAAACCGGUGCAACGUCCAUGGUCAGGGUGUCUUGCUCAUGUGGCUGCAUCUCCUUGCUGCCUUGUGGGUGGGAACAGCUUUCAUAAGAAGAAGUCACUGCGGAAGAUUUUUUUGGGAAAUGUCACCUUGCUGCGUUCAUCGCUCCCUGCAAAUUGAUCACAUGAAGGAAUUUGAAGGGCUUUUCUUGAUAUGCGUAACAUUUUUACACAGCCAGCAAUUUUACACAGCUGAUCUCCCUUCCUUCCCCUUGGACAGCCAUGGACAGCUUGUCUGCACGAGGGCUCAGGACACGCUUGCAGAAGUUUGGCCCUGCAUCUGGCUUUGAUUCCGGAUGGAAUGAUGGGCAAGGCCUGACCCGUCCGCAUUGCACUGUAUCCGGCUUAAUAAACCGUUCUCUUGCUUCUGGUUGCAAAA